AUGCCUUCCUCGACUCAAACUACAAAGCUCCAAUCCACGCUGCGUCUACUGAUCCCUCGUCUGCGUCUUCUGCAGAAGAAAGAUACUGCCUCCUCGGUUGCGCAGCGCCGCGAACUGGCGCAACUCCUAGAAAAUGGACGCGAAGCUUCUGCUCGGUACAGAGUUGAAAAUGUCAUUGCCACCGAUAUUGGCGUCGAGGUUAUGGAAAUAAUAGAGCUUUACUGCGAGUUGCUACUUGCGCGGGCAGCCGUGCUGGAUCAGAUCGCGUUCUCGGAAAAGGGCGUGGAGGGACGGAAUAAAGCGAAAGAGGAGUUUAAGCAGAGUCUUGAGAAAAAGAGUGCUACGCCGUCUACGCCGGAGCCACAGAAGCAAAGCGGAGGGAGAGGGAUGGGUUGGUUUUUCAGCGGCAGGACAUCGUCGACAGUUCCUGAUCCUCCUCCGCACGUUGCGGAAGGGGUUCAACGACAAGAUCCGGCUGCGGCUCUGGAUGAGAGCGACGGCUUCGACGAGGAAGCUAAUAGCUACCUUAAUGCUGGCCUUGAUGAAGCAGCGGUAGCAAUAUUCUAUGCUUGUCCUCGCUUUCCACGCGAGGUCAAAGAAUUGACAACCCUGCGCAUAUUACUGAUGGAGCGCUGGGGUAAAGAAUUCGCAACUCUCGCGCAAAAUAAUAAGACUGCAAUUAAAAUCCCUGAGCGACUAGUCAAAAAGCUCCGCGUGAAGCCACCUUCUGUCGAACUGGUAGAGAGCUAUCUGAGAGAAAUUGCAAAAGCAUACAAUGUUGCUUGGCCCGGGGGCGAAAUAGCAGAAGGCUCGGUGCCAGAACCAAUGACGACGACGGAGGAGCAGGCACCGUCAUCCUCACAGUCGCCCCCGCCAGGUUACGACGAUACGGGAGAUGUCGCGGCACCCCCGCAUACGCCUCGAAAAAAUCUUGCCGAUAUCCGUCGGAUGUCUGAAACGGAUGAGCUCUCGCGCGCUACGCCACCAAGAGAUAUCGGACAACACGACGCUACGGGGAAAAGCCCUGUGAGCGUUGCGAAGCCAGGACCUAGUAGUGACAACCCGGAGCCUAGAGUCAAGAUCCCAGGCGAUGCCGAUGCCGAUCCGAAAGAUCUCAAUCGCAGACCAAGCGGUGGGCUACAGAGGAAGGAUAGUAAGGGUAUCCCUGAUGUGGAUGAGCUGUCAAAGAGGUUUGCUGCAUUGAAGAAGUAA